CACUCACUCUCCCACCACCAACCUCAACCAAAAACCCUAGCAACCAACCAACCUUUCCUUAAACCUUCAUUCUCCUCGUACCUCAAUGGAACCCCCCAAAACCCUGAAAUCAAACAUCGUCCUCAUCCUAGACUACGGUUCUCAAUACACCCACCUCAUCACCCGUCGAAUCCGAACCCUAUCCAUCUUCUCUCUCUGCAUCUCCGGUACUUCUUCUCUCAAAACCAUCACAGACCUAAACCCAUCUGUAAUCAUCCUCUCCGGUGGGCCCCACUCGGUCCACACACCCAAUUCACCAUCUUUCCCAGAUGGGUUUGUGGAAUACGUUGAGAAAAAUGGGAUCUUUGUGUUGGGUAUUUGCUAUGGGCUGCAGUUGAUUGUGCAGAAGUUGGGUGGGGCAGUUGCUGUUGGGGAGAAACAGGAGUAUGGGAAGAUGGUGAUUGAGGUUGUUAAGGAUUGUGGUGAGUUGUUUGGGGGUGGGUGUGUGGGGGAAAAGCAGGUGGUUUGGAUGAGUCAUGGUGAUGAGGCGGUUAGUUUGCCUGAUGGGUUUGAGGUGGUUGCUAGGAGUGAGCAGGGAGCGGUUGCAGCGGUUGAGAAUAAGUGUAGGAGGUUUUAUGGGCUUCAGUAUCAUCCUGAGGUGACACAUUCACCUAAAGGAAUGGAAACAUUGCGGCAUUUUCUUCUGGAUGUAUGCGGAGUUGAAGCAGGGUGGAAAAUGGAAGAUGUAAUGGAGGAAGAAAUAAAAGUGAUACGAGGUAUGGUGGGCCCUCAAGAUCAUGUUAUAUGCGCUUUAUCCGGAGGUGUAGAUUCUACCGUUGCAGCCACUCUUGUUCAUAAAGCAAUUGGCGAAAGGCUUCACUGUAUUUUUGUCGAUAACGGUUUAUUGAGAUGCAAGGAGCAAGAGAGAGUGAUGGAAACUUUUGAAAAAGAUCUUCAUCUCCCGGUUACUUGUGUCGAUGCAUCGGUGCGAUUUCUCAGCGAGUUAAAGGGGGUUACCGAUCCCGAGAAGAAGCGUAAAAUCAUCGGGAAGGAGUUUAUUGCAGUGUUUGAUGCUUUUGCACAUGAUUUAGAGAAAAAGUUGGGGAGAAAACCGACUUAUUUGGUUCAAGGAACUUUGUAUCCAGACGUAAUUGAAUCGUGCCCGCCACCUGGCAGCGGAAAGACUCACUCGCACACGAUUAAAAGUCAUCAUAACGUUGGCGGGCUCCCUAAGGAUAUGAAGUUGAAACUCAUUGAACCACUUAAGCUUCUCUUUAAAGAUGAGGUUCGUGAACUGGGUAAGAUUUUAGACGUUCCGGUUUCAUUUCUGAAACGUCAUCCAUUUCCCGGGCCCGGGCUUGCUGUGCGGAUUCCAGGUGACGUCACUCAAGGAAACGCUUUGGAUAUCCUCCGCCAAGUGGAUGAAAUCUUCAUUCAAGCAAUCAAAGACGCUGGGAUUUAUGAUGAGAUAUGGCAAGCAUUUGCCGUAUUUUUACCUGUGAAAACGACCGGUGUUCAAGGAGAUCAAAGGACUCAUUCUAACGCGGUUGCACUCAGAGCCGUUACGAGUCACGAUGGCAUGACUGCAGAUUGGUAUUAUUUUGAGCAUAAGUUCCUUGAUGACGUGUCAAGAAAAAUCUGCAACAGUGUUCGCGGGGUCAACCGAGUGUGUCUAGACAUUACAUCCAAGCCUCCAUCGACAAUCGAGUGGGAAUGAACCAAUGGUUUAACCAGUAACAAUUCUUAGGGCUGGGCUAGGUUAAUACAACCCUGAAUUUAUGCAUCUUUGAGAUUUUGCCAUAGGUAAUGAAUUUUGUAUGAGGUACAAGGUGUGAUAACAUUGCUCUUUUUAAUAAAAUGAUGGGUUUUUUUAUU